UCAGCACUGUUUGAGUCGUGUGUGUUUGUGUGCGAGUGUGUGCAUGUAUGUAUGUUUGAAGCAGAUGAAGCUGCUGCACUCUGACAGAAAUGUUUUAUUGUGUUCGACGGAUAUGAAGUGAAGAACAUCUGACCUCUGAUCUCCAACCUGCAGAAACAUGGGGAGUGUGUGACGGCCGCAGGAAGUGUGAAGAUGCAGCACACCUCAUGCACAGAGGACCGGAUCCAGCACGCUUUGGAUCGCUGCCUCGAUGGCCUCCGAUCAUCUGAACUCCUCUCUCAGUCCUGGAACACUGGAUGGUGUAUGAACCGCUGGAGUUUGGAGGAACUCCUGAAGAGAGAUCCAGAGAACUUCCUCAUCCUCCUGAAACAGAUUCUCAAGAAAGCAAGACAGGUCCAGGAGGAGUGUGAGUAUGAGUUGGUGGCUCCUCUCACCAUCAUGUUUGAGUCCACGCUUCUACAGACUCCCUUCUGUCCAACAGGGUGUGAGCUCCUGGUAGAAGCGCGUGAAGUGUUCCAUGGUUUCCUCACGUGGCCUGAACCGUACAGCAGUGUGUGUCGCGGUCUUCUAACAACUAUACAGCAGGAGCUGAGGGCACCGGGGAUUUCGUAUCACAGGUUGGUGAAAGAGGAACAGGGCAUCACUGCUGAGUGUCAGCGCCACAAAACCAUUACGGUGUUGUUGCUGAACCCGGCUGAUGUCCCCCAGAUGUUUCUGUCUGUUGUUCAGCAGCUCAGUGCCGUCAGCGUGUCUCAGAGAGAGAUCAGCAUUAACCUCAUCAGACAUGCAUUUCAGUGCAGCCUGGGCACAAAAUAUCACACACACACUGUACACCUCACACUUCAGUCUCUCAGUGAUGAUGCGCUGUCUCACACACUGUCGUGUGUAUCAGUGAUCUUGGAGACUGCAGCAGCCAUGACAGACACCACCGCCGCUCGAGCCCACGUCCUGAAAGGUCUGGAGGAAGUGCGGGAAAAACUCAAUAUCCCAGCAUGCAACAGUGCGACGUCAGACGGGAUGCUACAGGUUCUGAAGUUGCCCACAGCAAAGUGCUACAUGAUCCCCUGGGACACGGAUAAUUUUGACGUCCUGAGUGAGUUCUUGGAGUCCGAGCCUGAACUGGCGUCGCUCUUCUCUGAGGGUCAGAUGGAGGAGGAUGAGGUUGAUGAAGAGGAUGCAGAUGAAGAAGAGGAAGAAGACGAGGAGGUGGAGAUUGAGCGGUAUGAGACAGAGGACUGCGUGGACCCACGGGCGUCCAUGUUCUCCACCACAUCCUCUCUGUCCACGGCAUCCAAGGACUCCAUGUUGUCCACGUCAUCCGACUUCUCUCCGGUCUCCACUCUGUCAUCGUCGUCUCAGGCUUCAGGAACAGACAGCGACUUCUGCGAGGACAUUGAGGAGGAUCCACAUGUUCUGGUGCCGAUAGGUAAAACUAAAAACAGCACCGUACUUUCCAAGCGUCUCUCGCGCCUGUUUAAACCGCGAGGACAUUCCCUCUGCCGUGCUAAGAGUCUGGGGAACACGGACAGUAAAGAUAAGAAGGACUUCGUGCCCGCUGCUCGCUCCAAACGCUCCAACUCCGUGCCGCAGCAGGUGCUGACGCUCGCGGUGGAGCCGGGGCAGAGUGAGAGGGCGGCCCUGAGGCCGGUGUGCUACAGGAAGCGGCCCAUCCUCAGCAGUGACGAGGACGAGGGCGAGGGCACCGUACUGAUCAGGGUGAUGGUGUUCGGGGCCGAUCACGUGGCGGGGAAACUGGCACGGGCGUAUAACAGCCUGAGGACGAGAGAAAAACUUUCACCACGACUCACUAAACACUGCAGGAUGAAGUUCUUCUUUAUUCCAGUGAAGAGAGAUCCGAUAGUGAGCGCAGGAGUGAGUCAGAUCAGCACAAGUCCAUUCAAAAGUGCACAGGAAGUGAACACAGAGGUUUAUGAGUACAGCACCAACAACAUCGCUCACCUUCUUGGCAUGCUGGACCCGUGGUACGAGAGAAACACACUCUGUCUGCUCAACCUGCCGCUGCAUGUGGUGUGUCAGCAGACAUCCAAAUCAGACUCUGAGUGUGUAGAGGACUCAGUAGAGGAGUGUUUACCCAUCAUGGCCGACCUGCUGCUGUAUUACUGCAGAAACGCAGCUCGACCUGCACUGAUCCAACUGUACCAGGCUGAGCUGACGCUGGCCGGAGGAGAGACGAGGACUGAAGUGUUCAUCCACUCACUGGAACUUGGACACACAGCAGCCACCAGAGCCAUCAAAGCCAUGGGAGCUGCGAGUAAGAGGUUUGGUAUUGAUGGAGAUCGGGAGGCGGUUCCACUCUCACUCGAGGUCGUUUGUAAUCGGGUGGUCAUCAGUGGGCGGAGUCAGAAGACGAGGGCAGAGAAAGUGUGCACUUCGAUUAACCUGACUAAAGUGUGCAGGACUCAGGAGGAACUCGAUCCUAAAAUGGAGAUCCUGCAGCUGACCAUGACGGAGGUGUUAAAGAGGCAGAACUCCAAAACGAAAAGAAGCUACAAUCAGCAGUUGAGUGUAACUCAGGUGAAGGUGGACAGGUUUCGGGUUUGUGGUUCCGGAAACACGACGUUUGCUGUGUGUCUGGAUCAGGACGAGAAAAAGAUUUUACAGAGCGUCACCCGGUGUGAGGUGUCGGUGUGUUAUAAGCCUGAUGGUUGUUCUGACUGGGUGAAGGCGAGAGCUCUGUCCAGUCAGAUGGAUCAAACGUUCUGCUCUCUGCUGUGUUUACCCAUCUCCACCUUCAGUGGACCCCAGCCAUGACCCACCACCAACACCCCCUGGACCCCACCCUGAUACCAUGCACUCUUAAACUAAAAAAAAAAAAGUAUUUCAGUUUAUGUUUAGGGUGGGGUCCAGAGGACGGGGCUUUAAGAGAACCCCCUCCCCUUUUUUUUUUUAAACCCCAGCUCAGGGUAAAGCCACUGUAUCUGCACACACAUUGUGGCUACGGCACUGACACUGUCUGAUGUUUUGCACCAAAAAUACUGUUUAUUGUUUAUUUUAAAAAUGUAUUUUAUUAAAUUGAUGUUUAAUCAGCGUUUUGUAUAAUUAUAGUGUAUAUUAUAAUGAUGAAUAGAAAUAAUUUUCCUGCUGAAGCUGACGGAGCGGUUCUGAGGUGGUGGUUGUUCUCACACUCCCCCAGCAGGAGGCGCAGUGAGGGGGUGAUGAGGGGAAAUCAGUGUUCUGCAGCUCAGGAGUGACUUUUAUUCAUGGGGGGAGAAAUGACUCCUGUUUCCUCCGUGGAGUUUCGAGGUGACGUUAAAACACUGAAAACCUUCAUCACAAAUCUAAUCUGACUGAUCUGAACGUCUCGCUUUACUCAGGGCUGAUCUCCUGAAACCUCAGCUUCGGUGAGGGAACGCUCUCAGGGUGUGGCUUCUGAUGAGCUACAUGGCUCACAAAACAUCUCAGGUUUUAGAAACACGUGUGUGUGUGUGUGUGUGUGUGAGGGAGAGAGAUUUCUCAGGCUUUCAUUAAAAUGUAAAUGUUUUUGAUGUAAUUAGAAUUUUAAUUUUGUAAUUAGCACACUGGAGUGUUUUAUUCAGACUCUUUAACAAUGAAGAAGUGUGUGUGUGUGUGUGUGAGAGAGAGAGAGAUUUCUGACACACACAGAUUUAGUCCCAGCGCUCCUAAUGCGGUACGUUUUUUUAAUUGUAAGGUGCUUUUUGUUUGUUAAAUUAUAACAGCUGGAUGUACAGGACUGAGUGUAAAUAUCUAAUAAACAUCUUUAACACCGA